AUAAGUCGUUGAAUAAUUUGAUGCCCAAGAUGAAUCCAAAUGGCGGAUGUGACGUAGUCAGAAAAGUUUAGGAAAACACCAAUCCGACGAUAAAGGAAACAGAGGAGAACGAAUGUAGUCGACGGGUCAUCUUUAAGGCCAUUGACAAAAAAUUUCGUGCAGUUUUCUCCAUUGAACUGUUGUGUUAAGUGUUUCUACGUAUCCUUGGAAACUCAGUGCUGCUUAUUUUAUAUGAUAUUCAACAAUUAAAUCACCAUAGUUGCAGUACAGUCGCACAUUGACGCGACACAACAUUAUCAGUAGCCAGAAUGAGCUUCCUAUUUGGAAGCAGGUCUUCAAAGACAUUUAAACCAAAAAAGAAUAUUCCUGAGGGAACGCAUCAGUAUGACUUGAUGAAACAUGCAGCAGCAACACUCGGUUCCGGAAAUUUACGGUUGGCUGUUAUGCUGCCUGAAGGAGAAGAUCUUAAUGAAUGGGUUGCAGUGAACACUGUUGAUUUUUUUAAUCAAAUUAAUAUGCUAUACGGAACUAUAACAGAGUUUUGUACUGAAGAAAGCUGUCCAAUAAUGUCAGCAGGACCAAAAUAUGAGUAUCAUUGGGCUGAUGGUCAUACCGUCAAAAAACCAAUUAAAUGCUCUGCUCCUAAGUAUAUAGAUUAUUUAAUGACUUGGGUCCAAGAUCAAUUGGACGAUGAAACACUUUUUCCUUCAAAAAUAGGUGUUCCUUUCCCAAAAAAUUUUCUUUCCAUUGCGAAAACAAUCCUGAAACGAUUAUUCCGAGUAUAUGCUCACAUAUACCAUCAACAUUUCAGUGAAGUUGUUCAGUUGGGAGAAGAAGCACACUUGAAUACAUCAUUUAAACAUUUUAUAUUCUUCGUUCAAGAAUUCAAUCUAAUCGAGAGACGAGAAUUGGCACCACUUCAAGAGUUAAUUGAAAAAUUAACUGCGAAGGAUGCUCGAUGAAUGGAUUCAUUUCACUACAAAAAAGAUAUCAACAUAAAACCUCCAAAGAACCAUCUGUGCUAUUUUUUUCUGACUUCUACAUAAUUAUUGGACUUUCUUUAAUUGAGUUAAAACACAGCUAGUUGGCUUCGUCUCAAACGGUAGGUUAACAAUAUUUACAAUAUAUUCGUCGCCGUACACAUCUUGUAGAAGCGCAUCGAUCCACCAAUGCAGAUGAAUUUUUUUCAGCUUUUAUUCCGAAAGUAUGAUAAAUGAGUGUAAUAAGUAAUCCAGAAAAAAAAAACAUUUGAACGUUAGCAAAAUAAGUUAACGUUAGUUCCUGUAAUAUAGUUGUAUUUUUUAGGAUAUUUUACAAUUAUUUAUCUUAUCUAUUAUUAUUAGUUAAUAAUUAUUAUUUGUCAUUCAUAUUGAAAAUUUUUUUUAUUUAUUUAAUUCAUGUCCAUUUCAUUAUCUAAAGAAUCAAUUACAUAUUUUUUUUAGAUUAUUUAUGUUAGAAGAUUUAGAAGGAUUGCGGCAUUACGUUUAUCCUGUAAGGAUAUUUAAAAAAUAAUACACCUUUUCAUUCUUUUUCUUUAUAAUUAAUUUUGUUUUUAAUUUGAAGUGUUCUUUAAAUUUAUGUUUCUUCGUAAUUAUUCUUUUUUAAACCUAGAAAUGCUACCAAUUGUUUAUCGUCAAGCACAAGUAAUGCGCACCAUUGUCGUCUAUUCAAAUAACAAAACAUUUGUUUUCUGCUCUCUUAGUAAAUGAUACCAAUUAAUUUAUAAUUAUGGUAAAAAAUUUUCAUUCUAUUAUUAUGAUGCAUUUUUAUUCCUAGCCAUUCUUGGGAUUGACAUUUAUUUAUUUGAUAUUUUUUUUUUAUUAGCAGGUGCGCAUUUAUGUUCGACAAUAUCUUUUUUAAUUUAUAACUUAAUAUAUUAAUAGAUAUUAAAGUACAGUAUAUUUAUUACAAUAUAAAAACUGUCGAUAAAAAAUAAGUGGAGAAAUUUAUAACGUAAUAUAGUGUAUUUAAAAUCCAAAAAAAAUGAUUCUCCAUUAUACGUCGUAUUUUAACAUACAUUGGAUCAAGUAAGCAAAAAAUAUUAUAUUUUAUAUAACAAGCUUUUGCAGAUGAGUAAUUUUUCGAUGCAAAUUUGAGUACGAAAUUAUAUAGACAUGAAUAUCUUUUAUAUGUAUAAAAUUUCAUGCCUAAAAAGUGUACUUUUACCCAUCUGGAAAUAUAUCUCUUAAUAAUUAUAACUCAAUGUAUCUCGAUUCAUAUAUAAACAUAAUAUAUGUGUAUAGCUAUAUACAUAUAUAUUAUUAUUCAGUACUUAAACAAAAGAGUUAUCAUAGAAAUAAGCUUUAGAGGGCAGUAAAUAAUUUAAUUUUCAUAUAGAACUCAUCACAGCGCUUUCGCAUGUGAUUAAACACAUUCUCUUCGAACUUUUAAUGAUACAAAUUACCAAUUCACAUGGCAUAAUAUGGUCAAAGUUCAAUAGACGAGAUCCAUAUUGAUUGACUCGUUAAAGUAAUAGAAACAUAGCUUGUUCUUCAAAUUAUCUUUAAAUAGUGAUUGUUUAAAUUGUUAAUAAAAAUAAGAUUGACAAUUUUUUAAUAAUUAGAAGCAAUGGUUGUUUUGAUUGUUAAUGAAAAAAUAUAGUAAUUAAUCAUUUUUAAUUAUAAAAAUAUUUUAAAGAAAUUGACUUGAUUGUUGAUCAAAUAAUGAGAUUAUCAAAUAUUUUAAAUUAUUAACAUAAUCAAAAGUAUCUAAAACAGUUAAAAUUUAUUUCAAGAUCAUUUUUCUUCGAUGAGAACUAAUUUUUAGUUACAACGAACAAUCAUUGUAUUCAUUAAUAAUCAAAAAGUUUAAGUGAUUAACACUAUCUAAUUUUUACAAGCGCAUUUGUAAGAAAUUAAUUCUCCAUAGUUUAUAAUAAAUUAUCUCAAUUAUUUGAAGAUAAAAAAGUGAUUCCUGUUAUAAUGAAAUAAAUUGCAAAACUUUGGUGCAAAUAACUCAUAUAUUUUACAUAUUCUAACAAAAUGUGUAAUUACAUGAGUAAAGUAAACAGUAGUUUCUAUAAGAUUCGAAAUGAGAGACCAAAAUAAGAAAGUUCUUGGGUGUGAGUUGCGUGGUGUGAUAAUACUGCUAAAAUGUUGAUCUUAUUUUCCUCAUGUCUUAUCUAUAUAGGUAUGUGGACGACCAGUGUAGAGGCACAAAUAAUUUUGCGCCACGUUGCUUAUCUCCUGUAAAAACUAAUCGUUAUGUCGCUUUAACGAUUAUAGUGAUAAUAACUGUGCAAUGUAAAUAGUAUUUUUCUCAAAUAAAUGAUGGCUCGAUGUAAUUUGAA